AUGACGGAGAAGUUUGACCACCUGGAGGAGCCCCUGGAGAAGUUUGUGGAGAACAUUCGGCAGCUUGGCAUCAUCAUCAGCAACUUCCAGCCCAGCAGCCAGGUGGGGCUCAGCCAGAAGCUGAACUUCGUAGUUAUGGGCUUACAGAAUAUCGAUAAGUGCACACAGCAGCUUCGUGACAUCACCGUGCCUCUGGAAGUUUUUGAAUACAUAGAUCAAGGUUGGAACCCCCAGCUCUACACCAAAGAGUGCCAGGAGAGGGCUCUAGCCCAAAAUGAGCAAGUCAAGGGCAAGAUUGACACAUUGAACUUUCCAAAGUAUUUCCAGAAGACAUGGUGA